ACACGUACUGACCUCAGGAAGAUGGCGGCAUUACAGAACCAGACGCUAUUUCCGGUGGAGACUUUCUUCAGUUAAAUGAUUUUAAUUGAACUCAGCAACGCUGUAAACGAGUUGCCAUGAAUCUGUAAUGUAUAUAAAAGGAGUGUGGGCUUUACAAGUGUUCUUCAGUUGAUUGUCUGAGAUGGAGGAAGAAAAUCAGCCACAAAUCAUGGAAGAUGAUGAUGAUGAUGAAGAUGAGGGGGCUUUUGAGUGGGAUGCAGCACACGAGGAUGACCGAGACUUUGAUUGGUCGGAGAAUGAAGAUGAUGAAGAGCAGGUGUUUGUGUCCAGAUCGAGUCCGGCAGAGCGCAGCGGUCACAUCGCAGUCACUGACGGCAGCUGUAUGUUUGUUUGGGCGGGUUAUAAGAACGCUGAUGCUGAAGCGCCGGGAUUCAUUGACUUUUACUUGCCCAAGAAUGAAAUCUGGAUAUACAACAUGGAGACGAGAAGAUGGAGAAUGAAGCGUUCAGAAGGAGACGUGCCAAACUCCAUGUCGGGCAGCUGUGGUGUGUGUGUGGAUGGUGUUCUGUAUCUGUUCGGUGGUCAUCACGCCAGAGGAAACACCAACCUGGUGAAGAUUUCUAACAAUCCCACAGGACGAUUCGAGUUACACUUUUACAUUUCAAACAUGUUGCUUUUGCUUCUGUGUGUUGUGCAGGUUUAUCGUCUGCCGCUGCGAGCGUUUGAGUUGCGUUGGGAAAAGAUGAGCGAUCUGACGGGUCUGCCGCCAACAUGUAAAGAUAAACUGGGCUGCUGGAUUCACAAAAACAAACUGGUGUAUUUCGGUGGCUACGGCUACAUCGCACAACCGGGUCACAGAGGAACAUUUGAACUGGAUGAGAAUUCAUUCAUGGGGAAUCACGCGGGCCGCGGGUGGAAUAAUCACAUACACAUCCUGGAUCUGGAGACGUCAGCCUGGACUCAACCCAUCACACAGGGAAACGCUCCGUCACCACGAGCAGCUCACGCGUGUGCCACAUUAGGAAACAGAGGUUACGUGUUUGGAGGACGUUAUAUGGAUCAUCGGCUGAAUGAUUUGUACUUCAUUAAUCUGGACACGUGGGAGUGGAGCGAGAUGUGUGUUCCUCAAAACGGUCCCGUCGGCCGCUCGUGGCAUUCUCUCACACCAGUGUCACAUGAUCAUCUCUUUCUAUUCGGCGGCUUCACGACCAACAGAGAAACUCUGAGUGACGCCUGGAUUUACUGUGUCAGCACAAACGAAUGGAAAGUGUUUAAACACGAGCACACGGAGCGUCCCCGAUUGUGGCACACGGCGUGUUUUGGUGCUGAUGGCGAGGUGUUUGUUUUUGGAGGAUGUGCUAAUAAUCUUCUCUCUCAUCAACAAGCCGCUCAUAGUAAUGAACUAUUGGUGUUUAGUGUUCAGCCCAAAUCGCUGCUCAGGUUCUGUUUAGAUGCAGCUGUUGAGCACCAGAAACAUCUGGAGAACAUGUGGAACGUUCUUCCCAAACAUCUACUGCAUCGGCUUACACAGAGGAUCAUGGCAGAAUCCUAGAACACAAUUACACGCUUCAUCAAACAUGAUGAGAACAAGAAUAUUAGUGUGAAAACUGUAAAUACUUCAUUUACUCGCUGUAAACACACACAAAUAUUCUGUAUUUGAUUUGAACAUUUUUACUAAAUAUUUAUGAUAAAAACACAUUUCCAGCAUUAAAUACAUGGAAUUAACAAGCCACCAUCAAACACUGUCUUGUGUGGAUAUUAUUACAUCAUUUUUAUUAUUAAAAUUUGCCUCAUUAUUACCAAACAAUUCAUUCUUUGUGUGUGCGAGAGAUCCUGUCAGUCUCCAAAACCAUUUAUAAUAAUUCUGAAUCAGACAUCAGUACUUUUUACAUCAAUACAGAAGUUUCUGGAUAAUUUUGAUCCUUGCAGGAAAAAUGUCAAUAUCCAUCACAACUCUAAUCCUGAUCAAGACAUUAAAGAAAACUGAAGUGUGUUUUGUAACUCUGUGAUUUUUAUACAGAUUCUUUUUAAAGUUCAUCAGACUUGAUGAAAUAUUAAACUGAAGAUGGUUUUAUUAACGGGUUUGAUUUAAGUGAAAAGGGUUCGUUAUUUUCAUUUCUUUUGUACAAGAAUAGAGUUCAUGUGAUGAUUGUGAAUAAAAACAAAACACAAAACUUAA